AUGCCGGAGACGGGAGACGUGGAUCGUCAGAUCGAGCAGCUGAUGGAGUCCUUCUUUGCCAUUGAAAACAAUGAUCGAUGCGGUUGGGGGAUAUCUCCUCAUGGAGCAGGCUACACGUUCGGUCAAGAUAUCACUACUCAGUUUAACCAAACAAAUGGACCCAGUCUGAUUUCAAGAGCACACCAACUCGUCAUGGAAGGUUAUAAAUGGUGCCAAGAAAAGAACGUUGCGACUGUGUUUAGUGCUCCAAACUAUUGCUACCGAUGCGGAAACAUGGCUGCGAUUCUUGAGAUAGGCGAGAACAUGGACCAGAACUUCCUUCAGUUCGAUCCAGCCCCACUUCAAGUCGAACCUCAAACUACACGCAAGACUCCAGAUUACUUUUUGUAA